AUACUAUAAUUAAGAAAAUUGUAUACUUUGGAAACCAUUUCUCUGGUUAGUACUUAAUUAACUUCGAAGAACAACAUUCUCCAACGGGAGUGGUCCAUGGAUUAUAACACCCAAAAUUCAAAAGAUUUUUAGAAAGCUGUUUUAUACUAAUGCAUGCAAAGUCAAAUGUAUCAUAAAUUUGUGUUGAAUGUAUUAUAUUCUGUUAGGUCAAAAACACAUGUCACCUCAAACUAUAUAAAAGUAUGACAACAAUCCAGCUGGUUACUAAUUAUAAAAAUAAAUAUCCCAUCCUUCCCUUUUUUCUAUUUGGUCGACUAAGAGGUUAUUUGGUCGACUAGAGGUUACUUAUCAUAUCACAAUUUCUAUAAAAAAAUUAUUUUCUUUGCCCUUUGUGCACACACAUAUAAAAAAUAAACGUAUUCAUAUUAUACAAACACAUUUCUUUUUGUUCAUCCUAGACAGCCACAUAAACACGUACAUAUAAGCACGAGUUCUUCCAAAAAGAGACAAAAGGGACUAGAAGGAAAAUAGAAACAUUUAUCUUUUGUAAAAACAGAAAAGUUUCGUCCUUAUUAAUUAAUCUUUAACCUUACUUCACUCGCAGAAGAUCAUAAUUUCCUCUUAGGAUUCUUAUUCUUCACCAUCUCUCUUCUUCUGCUUCUUCUCUUCUUCAAGAAAAUAAAGAAAUAGUUCAGAGAGAUACAAAUCAAAAGGAUUAGGGUUUUUCGUGGGUUCAUAUCUAAAUGGGUAAGUGCGGAAGGAGCAGCGACGGAGGGAUUAGUGGAGUUAGGCCGUACGUACGGUCUCCGGUUCCUCGCCUGAGAUGGACGCCGGAGCUUCACCGGAGCUUUGUUCAUGCCGUUGAUUUGCUCGGUGGUCAAUACAAAGCAACUCCAAAACUUGUUCUUAAGAUAAUGGAUGUGAAGGGACUAACUAUUUCACACGUCAAGAGCCAUCUCCAGAUGUAUAGAGGAUCCAGACCCACUCUUCUUGGAAGACUAGAGAGUUCUUCAUCAUCUUCAAGAAGAAGAAGAAGACAGGACAAUGGAGAUCAGCUUCAUGACAACUUGUCUGAACACGCAAGGAAUGAUUGUCUUUUUGGGUUUCACUCUUUUAACUUCAGAGAGCAGAAUUUAGGGACUGAUAAUGAUGACGAUGACUUUCUUAACAUCAUGAACAUGGCGAGAACGAAGACAUUUGCAGGCAAUGGCGAGUCCAUCAAAUUUCAGCCUCAUCAGUUUUUCGAGGCUCAGAGCAUGAAGAGUAACAUGGGAAACGAACACGAAGAAGAAGAACUAUCGCUCUCUCUGUCGUUGAAUCAUCCUCCUAAUCAUCAACAACGUUGGAGAAGCAAUACGUCAUCGUCACUCAGUGAAGCAAGCGAAGCAGUCUCAUCUCCUUUCACCUCCAGAGAUUGUUUUGCUUCUUCGAAGAUUGAUCUUAAUCUUAAUCUCUCUUUUUCUUCUCUAUUCCGUAGCUGAAGCUUUGUUCUUAUGUGUCACCAUGGUCCUCGGAUUACAUUUGUUCUUGUAUGAAUGAAAGUUAACGUUUCAUUUGGUGA